CUCAACAGAAGCACUACUUCUAAACAAAAAAAAAAUACAAACUUAAUUUAGUCAGUGAAUUUUUAAAAUAUAUUUCUAUAUGAUAGACUGCGUUAAAAUCUUCCUGAUAUUCUUAGUCGUAUUCUCAGUCAAUUUUUUAUAUCUGGUUCAUAUGAAAUUUUAAUUUGAUUUAAAUUUUAUUUAUUUAUUCGAGUGAUUUGUGUGUGAUUUUCGUGAUUUCAGACCAAAGGGACGAAUAAAAUAUAAAAAAUGUCGACAGAAUUUGAAAUGAACGGUGGGCCCACCGAAACUUUAAUACAAACUGGAACAGCCUCAAGGGCCUUUGUGAUGCUCCUUUUUCCGGCCCUUAUAUUAUGGUUCGUGUAUUGGAAAUUAUCAAGACGAAGGAUGUUGGAAUUGGCCGAAAGGAUUCCUGGCCCUAAAGGAUACCCUGUUAUUGGAAACUUAUUGGAUUUUGUUGGAAGCAGUCCAGAUAUCUUCUCCAACAUCUACAACUCUUCUAUGGAAUUCGACAGAAUCGCAAGAGUCUGGGUUGGGCCUAAACUUUUGGUCUUUCUUUUUGACCCUAGGGACGUCGAAGUCGUCUUAGGGUCUCAUGUGUACAUCGACAAAUCCCCUGAAUAUCGAUUUUUCAAACCCUGGUUGGGAAAUGGACUUUUGAUCAGCACUGGUCAUAAAUGGAGGUCCCACAGAAAAUUGAUUGCCCCUACUUUCCAUUUGAAUGUUUUGAAAUCCUUCAUUGACCUUUUCAAUGCUAAUAGUAAAGCAGUGGUGGAGAAGAUGAAGAAGGAAGGGUCCAAAACUUUUGACUGUCACGAUUAUAUGAGCGAGUGCACUGUCGAAAUUCUUUUGGAAACUGCAAUGGGAGUCUCGAAAAAGACCCAAGACAGGAGCGGAUUCGAAUACGCGAUGGCCGUUAUGAAAAUGUGUGAUAUUUUGCAUUUGAGACACACAAAAGUGUGGUUGUAUCCAGACUUCUUAUUCAAUUUGAGCAAAUAUGCCAAGGAACAAGUGAAAUUGCUGGAUAUUAUUCAUGGAUUGACGAAAAAGGUUAUUCGAAGCAAGAAGGAAGAAUUCGCAAAGGGCAACAGAGGAUCCUUGGCAAUCAACACUUACGAAGAAUUAGCCAAGAAAGUCAAAGAGAAGGAAGACGAGAAGGAAAAACAUUUGGCCAAUGGAAAGACAACCACUGUUGAAGGUUUAUCAUUUGGACAAAGUGCCGGUCUUAAGGACGACCUGGACGUCGACGACAACGAUGUUGGAGAAAAGAAACGUUUGGCCUUUUUGGAUCUACUUUUAGAGUCCAACCAGAACGGAGUUGUUAUUUCUGAUACCGAAAUUAAGGAACAAGUCGAUACCAUCAUGUUUGAGGGACACGAUACGACUGCUGCAGGCAGCAGCUUCUUCUUGUCUUUGAUGGGAAUCCACCAACACAUCCAGGAUCGUGUUAUCCAAGAACUAGACGAAAUCUUUGGAGACAGUGACAGACCAGCAACGUUCCAAGACACUUUAGAAAUGAAAUAUUUGGAAAGAUGUCUGAUGGAGACUUUGAGGAUGUACCCACCAGUACCAAUUAUUGCCAGACAGAUUCAGGAAGACUUAAAAUUGGUUUCUGGUGACUUUGUGGUUCCUGCCGGAUGCACAGUGAUCGUCGGAACCUACAAAAUGCACAGAAUGCCGGAACACUUCCCGAAUCCGGACGUGUUCGAUCCGGACAACUUCUUGCCGGAGCGAACUGCCAACAGGCACUACUACGCCUUCGUACCGUUCUCGGCAGGGCCAAGGAGUUGUGUAGGUCGCAAAUAUGCGAUGUUAAAACUGAAGAUAAUCCUGUCGACGAUCCUUCGUAAUUUCCGCGUCCACAGCGACUUAACCGAAAAGGACUUCAGGCUUCAGGCCGACAUCAUCCUGAAAAGGGCCGAAGGAUUCAAGGUGCGCCUGACGCCCCGGAAACCCGGAAGCUCCGUCAGGACUUUGAAGGCGUAACCGGAACAAAAAGACAUCGGAAGUGCGAAAUGGACGAUGAAAUUGAUACGAUUAUAUAGAUAUAUAUGUACAUGAAACAAAUUGAAUAAAAUGUUUUAUUAAGGGUUUUUUUUAUCUAAAACACAAAUUCGUAGCUGGUUUUGUAAAAAAACACUUGAAAAAGUUAAUUGUGCACUUUGUGCAAAAAAUCAAAUAAUGUAAAUAUUUAUAUAUAGACUUGUAUCAAUUUAUUCCUUUUAUUUAUUCAAUCAUGAAUUUGUUGUUAUUAUUGCGAAUUUAAAUAAUUUUUCUAUCAUAUACAUUUUUGCAUGUAAGUAAUCCAUGUCGA